CUGCUCACAUCCGGUCGUAUAUAUGUUGCCACGAGUUAGCGGCGAAUUUGGAGAGUGUCCAUUUUGAGCAGCGAGUCGGCGGCUCCGGUAUUUAUUCCCUCAAAUCUUUUCAAAACCUCACCGUCAGAAUGGCAGACGCUGAUACACUCCUCAUGGAGACAUCAGACCAGAAUGGCAACGAGGGAGAGGAGGAUCAGAAUGGAGCUGAGCAGGAGCUGAUGGGUGGAGAAGAGGAGGAGGAGGAUGACCAGGGAAGUCAGGACAAUGGCACAGAUGGGGGCAAGAUUGACGCUAGCAAAGGAGAGGAAGAUGCUGGUAAAAUGUUCGUGGGCGGCCUCAGCUGGGACACGAGUAAAAAGGACCUGAAGGAUUACUUCAGUAAGUUUGGCGAGGUGUCGGACUGCACCAUCAAGAUGGACUCCAACACUGGGCGGUCCCGAGGCUUUGGCUUCGUUCUCUUCAAAGAUGCCUCCAGUGUGGAAAAGGUCCUGGAGCAGAAGGAGCACAGACUGGACGGACGUCCAAUCGACCCCAAGAAGGCGAUGGCCAUGAAGAAGGAGCCCGUGAAGAAGAUCUUUGUCGGUGGUUUGAACCCCGAGGCCACUGAGGACACAAUUCGGGAAUAUUUCGGGGCCUUUGGAGAGAUCGAAACCAUCGAGCUUCCCAUUGACCCCAAAUCGAAGAAAAGGAGGGGCUUUAUCUUCAUCACAUACAAAGAGGAAGCCAGUCUCAAGAAGUGUCUGGAGAAGAAAUAUCACAACAUCCAGGGCGGCAGGUGUGAGUUGAAGGUUGCCCAGCCAAAAGAGGUGUACCAGCAGCAGCAGUAUGGAGCAGGACGUGGCGGUGGUGGUUAUGGAGGCCGGGGAGGCAGGGGCCGUGGCGCUCAGGGCCAGGGCUGGAAUCAGGGCUAUGGAAACUACUGGAACCAGGGAUAUGGUAACCAGGGCUAUGGCGGAUAUGGUGGAUACAGCGGCUAUGGCAACUAUGACUAUUCUUCUGGUUACUAUGGAUAUGGUCCCGGAUAUGAUUACAACCAGGGCAAUGGCAGCUACGGAAAGACUCCAAGACGGGGAGCACACCAGAGCAACUACAAGCCAUACUGAUGAUCACAUGGUGGUGCAAGGACUCCAGUGAUCCAGUGAGACCGACGGCUGGGUGGACACACUGGGCAUGACUCGACCUCUUUUAUGACAGACAAGACCAUUUGUACAGAAAACAACUGAAAUACGUAACUUUUCCUUUUUUUUUUUUUUUUUUCUUUUUUUUUUUAAUCCCAUCAUUUUUAGGUUUUAUUUUCCCUUUGGUGUUUUUGUUUUCUUUUUUUUUUCUUCCCCUUCCACAUUUCCAUCAAUGGAAGUGUAAUUUUUACUGUACUUUUUGGUACCUGUUUUGAUUCUAAUGUAUUGUAAGGCUUGUAUUUUACAUGUUUGCUGGCUUUACAGGUUGAAAAUCUUGGCGCUGUAAAGGAGCUUUUUUUGACAAAUAAACAGUUUUCAGUAAUUUUUUUUGGUUCUGAUGCUUCCAGGUUUGGGGGUGGAUGAUUAAGAAGUUAUUGAAGGGGUUUAGGACUCAACUACAUUUGUCAACAUUGAUUUCUCUUAGUCUUUUUUUGCCACACAAUCCAAUGAUCUGUAAAGAAGGAAUGUUGAACGUAACUCAAGAAUUGUGCUUCACAAUCCCUCAGAUGACUCAUUUGGUCUUGUCCCCCCUCCCCCCUCCUUUUUUAUGUCUAAUCAAGUGUAUCAACAUAAUUAAGUUAUAACGGCAUAAACCUAAAACAGUCUGCAAGCUUUUUUUUCUUCCAGGGCGCCCUGAAUUCACCAUGAAAUUAAACAUCCAAAAGCAUACAGACGUGUGGGGUGUAAUGGGGAAAAUGAUUUUACCUCAUGCAACCGUUGACUUCCUGUUAAAUUUACGUACCUUUUUACAUAAGCAAAUUGUUUCAGUUUUUAUGCUGGUUUAGUUUGUGUUUGUCAAGUGUCACUGGUUUUAGAAAUGACCGCUUUGAAGUUAAUGUCUGCUAAUUUCUUUUCUUUUUCUUUUUUGUCUGGACUGACUUCAAGCCACUGAAGUCUCCUCAGCUAGUGUCUCUGGCAAUUUAUUAGUAAUAAACAUUCUCGUUUGUAA